ACACCCAUGUUGAAUAUUGAUUACUUCCGCAAUCUGCAUAGCAACUGUGUCUCGUGCUCAAUAUCUUAAUACCUUUGUUUACAUGAGGAAAACUAUCUAUAUCAGCCAUCCUUUCAUCGGUUCGUCCUCUCUUCUCUCUCUCUCUCUCUCUCGCUUUCUCUCUUCCCCGUUCAUUCCCUUUCGUUGUCUUGGAAUUCAAUCUCUCUCUUGAUUCGAUAAUCCUUUCUUCAUUAUCUCAUCAGCAUAGAAUAAACCAGAUUCCUGAUCAUCCAACUGAUGAAGAAUUCAGGCACCGGCUAUCAUAACAUGAUGCUGGCAGAUUCCGACGCCCUGAGGAGACAAACAUUGGGCAGCAUAUUGCAGUCCGACGGCGAUGACUCCUUCCGCUUCAGCAACACGUCGGAGAACAGCCCCGGCAGCCGCGAUCGGCAGUCGACGCCGCGCACCUCAGUGACUAGCUCCACGUACUCGUCCUCACCGUUGGACCAAUCGCCUAGGUCGCUUUCGAUCCCAUCGGUGGACCUACCCUCUACGCCAUUGUCGCAAUCCCCAUGGUCCUCUGAGGUAUUGCCGGAAUCCUAUUCUUACACGGGCUUGGUGGGGUCCCUUGUGCGUGAAGAAGGCCACAUUUAUUCGUUGGCAGCUUCCGGGGAUUUGCUGUACACGGGGUCAGAGAGCAGGAACAUCAGGGUGUGGAAGAACCAGAAAGAAUUCUCCAGCUUCAAAUCUAAUUCCGGGUUGGUUAAGGCCAUUGUAAUCGCCGAUGAGUUGAUAUUCUCCGGACAUCAGGAUGGAAAAAUUCGGAUCUGGAAAGUGUCGCGGAAAGACCCAAGCCUUCACAAGCGCAUAGGCUCAUUGCCAACUUUCAAAGCUAAGGUAAAAAGCUCGUUGAAUCCCAGCCACUAUGUUGAGGUGAAGAAGCAUCGCAACGCGAUUUGGAUCAAACACACAGAUGCAAUUUCGAGUCUCAGCUUGAGCGAGGACAAAUCCCUGUUAUACUCAGCUUCUUGGGAUAGGACGUUUAAAGUCUGGAGAAUCUCCGAUUCCAAGUGCCUGGAAUCUAUCAACUCACACGAUGAUGCCGUAAAUUCGAUCGUUACUGGCUUUGACGGACUGGUGUUCACCGGCUCGGCCGACGGAAGUGUCAAAGUGUGGCAAAGACAAAUAGAAGAAAAGGGCACAAAGCAUAUCCUUUCACAAACGUUGUUAAAGCAAGAAUGUGCUGUAACAGCUCUGGCCAUCAACCCUUCUGCUACAGUUUUGUAUUGUGGGUCGUCAGACGGGCAAGUUAACUUCUGGGAACGCGACGACAAGUUUCUGUCGCACGGUGGAGUUUUAAGGGGCCACAAGCUUGCAGUUUUGUGCUUAGCCACGGUGGGGAAUUUAGUUCUAAGUGGAUCGGCUGAUAAUAAUAUCUGUGUGUGGAGAAAGGAAGGAGGAGAACAUGUCAGUUUGUCCGUCCUGAUUGGCCACCGUGGGCCUGUGAAAUGCUUGGCUGUGGAAGAGAAGGAAGCCCAUUGGCAAGGAGAUGAUAGGCAGUAUAUUGUGUAUAGCGGCAGCACCGACAAGUCGGUGAAGAUAUGGAGGGUGGCGGAACAGGCGCCGCCAACAGGACCACCACCAGCGCAGCAGCAUCAGCAUCAGCAUCAGCAGGUAGAUACAACGCAUGGGCGGGUUUCUCUUUGGUCCAGAGCUUCCCCGCUCAAGAUAGUAAUAGGAUGAGCCCCGAUGGUGCAAGUAGUAAAGAGGAAUUGUGCAUGGGAAUUGGCAAGAAAUCAGUUUGCCAGUCCAUCGUCAUAUACUAAUCCAUAUAUGAUUAACUUAGUAGGUAUAUGAUAUGCUUGAACUCGGUCAAUAGGAAAGGAAGAUUUGGAUUUGCAGUACAUAAAUAUUCUUUGAAUUCCUGAUUCUUGAAACUCUAUACUGAUAUUAGAUAAAUUUUUAUAUCAUUCAGCAUUGUGGUACUGUUCCAAGUGGAUUAUAAAGUGAAAUGCUGCUGAUAUCAACGUAUAUAAUAUUGAACCCAUUGGGUAUUACCUGAGUAGUUGGUGUCUCAUGGUGUCUAAAAUUACCGUAACAGAUACUACGAAGAUUUGGUUUGAAAUAGAAAAACUCCAUUCAUUUAACCAUCAUUUUGCAGUAGGUGAGAUCAGUU